UCUGUCCUCUGGUCGCUGCAGACAGCAGAGCGUUAGCCGCUAGCAGAGGGAUUAACCUGACAGCUGCAGCAGGGUCGGCGCUCCGGUUCUAGGAACAUGAAGGGAACCGGGUCGGCGCUUCUCCUCUCAGUCCGGACGUCUCCUCCAUGAAGGUUUUGGGUCGGGUUUCGCCUUCAGGGGAGGAACCGCUCUCGGAUUUAUCCUGACGUUUGGAACAGGAUGUGGAUUAUUCUGGAACAAACGGGGAAAUCCGAAAUGGGAUUCAUGGAGCAAACUGGCUGCUGAGAAUAAUCUGCUGUGGAUACAGGUUCUGGAUUAGGAUUCAGAAACCCAAAGGAACGUUUCACCCCGAGAAGUGUGUGUAAGUGUGUGUGUGUGUGUGUGUGUGUGUGACAUAACUCUGAGGUCAUCCCUUUAAACGGAGAUCAGGACGGACAGAUGAGCGGCUCCACACUGCUGGAUUAUCACAGAUUACAGCUCAGCCUUUUGUCCCAGAACACGAGAUGAAGAGGAGGACGGAGCGCUGCGGAGCGCCUCACCUCCGCCUGCAAAUCUGGUCACCAGCUCAGCUGCGUUGCCACGGCAACAGCAGCUUCCUCCUUCAUCACCUGCUGUCCCCCACCUCCUUCCACCCCUCUGUCGACCAGCCCUCCUCCUCCUCCUCCUCCUCUCCCUCUUUUCCCUGCGAUGGCCCUCUCUCCGCCCCUGCUUACCUGCGAGGAAACCCCUUCCUCUGGAGCUGCCGGGCCAGCAACAGGAAGAGUCUGAUCGUGACGUCCAGCACUUCCCCGACUCUUCCUCGGCCGCACUCCCCGCUGCACGGACACACAGGCACCAGCCCACUGGACAGCCCUCGUAACUUUUCCCCCAACACAGCGGCGCAUUUCUCCUUUGUUCCGGCUCGCAGCCACGGACACAGAGCCGACAGGACCGAUGGCCGCCGCUGGUCUCUGGCCUCGCUGCCGUCGUCCGGAUACGGAACCAACACGCCGAGCUCCACCGUCUCCUCCUCCUGUUCAUCUCAGGAGAAGCUCCACCAGCUGCCCUUCCAGCCCACGCCGGACGAGCUGCACUUCCUCACCAAACACUUCAGCUCUGAGAGCGUCACCGACGAGGAGGGCCGCCGCUCGCCCGCCAUGAGGCCGCGCUCCCGCAGCCUCAGCCCGGGACGCUCGCCGGUUUCCUUCGACCACGAGAUCAUGAUGAUGAACCACGUCUACAAGGAGCGCUUCCCAAAGGCCACGGCCCAGAUGGAGGAGCGUCUGGCCGAGCUGCUGGCCUCGGCGGCGCCGGAGAAGGUGCGUCCGAUGGCCGACGGGGUCCUGAGCUUCGUGUUCCACCAGCUGAUCGAGCUGUCCAGGGACUGCCUGGACAAAAGCAGAGAGGACCUCAUCACCUCCAGAUAUUUCUACGAGCUGCAGGAGAGUCUGGAGAAGCUGCUGCAAGACGCCCAUGAGCGCUCAGAGAGUGAGGAGGUGACCUUCGUCACCCAGCUGGUGAAGAAGCUGAUGAUCAUCAUCGCCCGGCCGGCCCGACUGCUGGAGUGCCUGGAGUUUGACCCCGAGGAGUUCUACCACCUCCUGGAGGCGGCCGAGGGCCACGCCAAGGAGGGCCAGGGCAUCAAGUCCGACAUCCCGCGAUACAUCAUCAGCCAGCUGGGCCUGACCCGCGACCCGCUGGAGGAAAUGACCCAGCUCAGCAGCUACGACAGCGGGAACCCGGAGACGCCCGAGACCGACGACUCAGUCGACAGCCAAAGCACGGCCAUCCCUCCCGCGCCGCAGACCAAACCCAAAACGCCCCGCGAGGAAGACUUUGAGAACAUCAAGCUGAUCAGCAACGGGGCGUAUGGGGCCGUGUAUCUGGUGCGGCACCGGGAGACCCGGCAGCGCUUCGCCAUGAAGAAGAUCAACAAGCAGAACCUGAUCCUGCGGAACCAGAUCCAGCAGGCCUUCGUGGAGCGGGACAUCCUGACCUUUGCCGAGAACCCGUUCGUCGUCUCCAUGUUCUGCUCCUUCGAGACCCGGCGCCACCUCUGCAUGGUCAUGGAGUACGUGGAGGGUGGAGACUGCGCCACGCUGCUGAAGAACAUUGGCGCUCUGCCCGUCGACAUGGUGCGGAUGUACUUUGCUGAGACCGUCCUGGCUCUGGAAUACCUGCACAACUACGGCAUCGUGCACCGAGACCUCAAACCCGACAAUCUUCUCAUCACGUCUCUGGGACACAUCAAGCUCACGGACUUCGGCCUCUCCAAGAUCGGCCUGAUGAGCCUGACCACCAACCUGUACGAAGGCCACAUCGAGAAGGAUACCCGGGAGUUCCUGGACAAGCAGGUGUGCGGCACGCCGGAGUACAUCGCCCCGGAGGUCAUCCUGCGGCAGGGCUACGGCAAGCCGGUGGACUGGUGGGCGAUGGGCGUGAUCCUGUACGAGUUCCUGGUGGGCUGCGCGCCGUUCUUCGGAGACACGCCGGAGGAGCUGUUCGGCCAAGUCAUCAGCGAUGAAAUCGUGUGGCCGGAGGGCGACGAGGCGCUGCCUCAGGACGCCCAGGACCUGAUCGCUAAGCUGCUCCGCCAGAACCCGCUGGAGCGGCUCGGGACAGGAGGAGCCUUCGAGGUGAAGCAGAACCCGUUCUUCACGGAUCUGGACUGGAACGGCCUGCUGAGGCAGAAAGCCGAGUUCAUCCCUCAGCUGGAGUCCGAGGACGACACCAGCUACUUCGACACUCGUUCGGACCGGUACCACCACGUGGAUUCAGAGGAGGAAGACACCAACGACGACGAACACGUGGAGCUGCGGCAGUUCUCCUCCUGCUCACCGCGCUUCAGCAAGGUGUACAGCAGCAUGGAGCGUCUGUCUCUCCACGAGGAGAAGCGGACGCCGCCGCCCACCAAGCGCAGCCUCAGCGAGGAAGGAGGCGACCGCGUCGACAGUCUGAGCGGACUCAAGACCCGGGACCGGUCCUGGCUGGUUGGAUCGCCGGAGAUCCUGCGGAAGCGUCUCUCCGUCUCCGAGUCGUCGCACACGGAGAGCGACUCCAGCCCGCCGCUGACGGUCCGCAGGCGCUGCUGCUCCGCCAUCAUCGAGAUGCCGCGCUUCGCCAUCUCCGCCGAGGAGGAAGGAAGUCCAGCAGGGGGCGCCGGCAGCAGGAAGAGCCCCAGCCUGCUGGGUCUGGCCGCGGUGAGGGGCCCGCGCUCCGAGGAGCUGCCGCUCUCCAUCCCAGAGCUCCCAGUGGAGCGGGAGCUGAAGCUGGAAGAGUCUCCCACCACGCCCAGUUCCACCAGCAGCCAGCAGAGCAAGGCCACGCUCACACCAGGAAGCUCUAGAGACGGCGGCGCAGCGACGAAGGCGGCGGCGAACGGCGACUCUCCGUCCACACCGAGGGCCAUCAGCGACCUGGCGGCACGCCGCGCGCGCCAUCGCCUGCUGUCCGGAGACGCAGACAAACACGCGGCGAGCGGCGGCGCCCGGCCGUUCACCAAGGUCAUCAAGUCGGCGUCGGCCAAUACGCUGUCGCUGGUGAUCCCAGGAGAUCACCACGGAGCGUCGCCGUUGGCCAGCCCCAUGUCUCCACACUCGCAGUCGUCCAAUCCGUCGUCCCGGGACUCCUCGCCCAGCCGCGACCUUUCCCCGGCCGUCAGCAGCGUCCAACCCGCCAUCGUCAUCCACCGAGCCGGGAAGAAGUACGGCUUCACGCUGAGAGCCAUCCGCGUCUACAUGGGAGACUCCAACAUCUACAGCGUCCACCACAUGGUCUGGCAUGUGGAGGAGGGCGGCCCGGCGCACGACGCCGGCCUCAGGGAGGGCGACCUGAUCACCCACGUGAACGGCGAGCCGGUCCACGGCCUGGUCCACACCGAGGUGGUGGAGCUCAUCCUGAAGAGUGGAGCCAAGGUGUCCAUUUCUGCCACGCCGUUUGAAAACACGUCCAUCAAAGUCGGCCCCGCCCGCAAGACCAACCACAAGUCCAAGAUGGCGAGACGCAACAAGAAGACAAAGAGCAAGGAGGGACAGGACAGUAAGAAGCGGACGUCUCUGUUCAGGAAGAUCACCAAGCAGGCGUCGCUGCUGCACACCAGCCGCAGCCUGUCGUCGCUGAACCGCUCGCUGUCGUCCGGCGAGAGCGGCCCCGGCUCGCCCACCCACAACCUGUCGCCGCGGAGCCCCACGCAGGGCCACCGGUCCACUCCGGACUCCGCCCACUCAGUGGGAGGGAACUCGUCUCAGAGCAGCUCGCCCGGCUCCAGCGUUCCCAACUCCCCGGCCGGCUCCGGCCACAUCCGGCCCAGCUCUCUGCACGGCCUGGCCCCCAAGCUGCAGCGCCAGUACCGCUCCCCCCGCCGCAAGUCCGCCGGCAACAUCCCGCUGUCACCGCUGGCGCGCACGCCGUCUCCGACGCCGCAGGGCAGCUCGCCGCAGCGCUCGCCGUCUCCGGUGCCGGGCCACGCCGCCGGGCCGGCCUUCCCCGUCAAGCUGCACUCCUCCCCGCCGCUGGGCCGCCAGAUGUCCCGGCCCAAGAGCGCCGAGCCGCCGCGCUCGCCGCUGCUCAAGAGGGUGCAGUCGGCCGAGAAGCUCGCCGCCUCGAUGUCCGGCUCGCCGUCGUCGCCCGCCGCGGUCGGGGGGGCGGCGGCGCGGAAACACAGCCUGGACGUCUCACACUCUGAGUUCAAGAAGGAGGUUCUGCAAAGGGAGCCGAGUCUGCAGAGCCUCCAGCAGGAGUCGGGCGGCGAACCGAUGCUGGCGCCCGUCGGGCGCGGCGUCGAGCACGGCAGCCUCCACAAACACGCCGCCGCCUCCAGGAAGCUGGGCCGCCAGGAGGGCGAGGGCGCCGUCGGCAUGGCGACCGGGUCGCUGGGCCUGACCUCUGGGAAGAGCAAGCUGAAGGACAAGCUGUCGGCCAUCCGGCAGGACCGCGCCGAGCGGCGGGAGUCGCUGCAGAAGCAGGACGCCAUCCACGAGGUCGACUCCUCUGAGGACGAGACGGACGACGGCUCCGAGGACAGCCAAGAUGGCCGCCGCGCCGCCGUCUUCACGCCACCGCCGCUGCUGAGGCCCACCUCUGUCCGGACGGGGCCGGCCGGCACGCUGCCCUCCCUCUGCCACGUGCCGCCGGUCGCCAAGGCGAUGGCGGACCGGCCGGCUCAGAGCGCCGCCACGGGAAAACCGGACAGGAACGCUCCGGAACCGAGCGAACUCGCUGGGCCUGGCCCGGUUCCCUCCAGCUUCUCCACCCCCGGCAGCGCCUUCAUGUCCGUCAGCAAGCCGCCCCCCCAGGCCGAUGCCCAGGGCCCGAAGCCCACGGCGCCCCCUGCAGGCGCCUCCCCCGGCGUUCCCAAAGAGCAGAAAGAAGCCGACAACCGGCGGCUCUGCGCCGCCGCCGCGACCGUCCCGGCUCCUCCUACCGAGUCCGGAAUGGACCGGGUCGUGUCUCAGAUCGCCACCGUAGCUAAGAGCGUCCUGGGUCCGGUCAGAACCGCGCCACCCGGCAGGGCCGCCUCCAGAACCUCGACCCAGUCCGACCGGGCCGGAUCGGAACCGGCCCACGCCUCAGCCGACCCGCCUGCCGCCCCGGCCUCCGGCAGGAAGACGUAGCAGCAGAACCGGAGCUGCAGAACUGUUCUGACCCGGUAGAUCCAUCCGGCCCGGUUCUGACUGCUUUCUGUUACUUCAGUGUUCCGAUUCCCGCUUCAGCCAAAACGACCCGGAUUUGGGGCUGUGGACCCAACGACGGCCUGGUUCUGGAGUUGGUUCUGUGACCCGUUAAUGAGCGUCCAGAACCAUCCGGACCUGACGCUGUUUCACUGCGGCCUAACCGGAACAGAACCCCGACCCGAUCCGCUCCGUCAUUUAAAGGUUCUGUUUCAAACAGAACCGACCCGAAGUUACGAUAAAAUGCUUGGACCGGCGCCGCCUGCAGGCCGGACGUCGACCCGACGGGUCAGACUGAUUUAAUCUGAUUCCCAAAAUCGUUUAAACGUUGUGAGGCCCCCUGCUGGUGAGUCUGAGCUACUGCAGCCAUUUCCUCUAAAGCUCCCAGUAAAUAAAAAAUAUUUUUACGUCCCAAUAAAUAUUAACAAAAGUUUAAAAUGCUGAAAUAGAAAAGUCAGAUUAAACAUGCAGAACCUCCUAUGGCCACCAGGGGGCAGCUCUGGUAAAUAAGCAAUAAAAUGACUGCCUGGUUCUGGUGGAGGUGUUCGUUUGGAUCCAAGCUGAGCAAGCAGGAAGUUUUCAGACCCGAUCACCAGGAAGCUGCUCGGCAAACUGUCACCUGCUAGCAUGCUAACAUGCUACGCUAACCGAGGUUUUCGCUAAUCGUUUGUUAGAAUUCAGAAAUGCUUGAAGCAACAAAACCCAGCAGGAUGAGGAGAUCCGACUCGCCGCGGCGCCACCUGUUGGGGAAAAUCCACUGUUGCCUUCGGUUCUGGGAGCUUUUGACGCUAACGUCCCUCUGGUUCUGAUGUGGUCCAGUCAGUCGCCCUGUUCUGGACUCUCAGAACCCAGAGCGCCCCCUGCAGGCCGGACCUCCACACCGCCGUGCGUUUGGUCUCCAGCCCCGCCGCAGUUUCCUUUGGACCAACUCGCUGUGUUGCUGCCUCCAGUCUUGUGAAGUCACUUCCUGUGUGUGUGUGUGUGUGUGUAUUUAAGCAGUUUUUACCCUGUGUGUGUUUUAGGGUCAACGUGUCGAGUUCUGUUCGGACCAGAGCUGGUUCCGAGUCGCUCUGCUUUUCCUCGCGUUCCGACCCGGCAGUCCGAUGUUUACAUGUCCUUCAUCUCUUCCAGCGGGUUCUUUACGGCCCGUUUGGCGCCACGGCAACCCCUGUGGGCCGGUUCUGCUCCAGACCCGGUUGUUGGACGGAGCCGGUUCUGACAGGCUGCAGGAAACGGGACGACACUGGACCUGUUUUUAUUUUCUUUGUCACGUUUGCCUCUCUGUGUGGAAGUUUCUGCUCAGAGACGGAACCGAACCAGAGAUCCGGUUCCAGAGUCCAGACUGCUAAACGGUGCCGUCUGACCCAAUCAGCUGCAGAGAACCUCGCCUUCACCUC